AUGUCUGCGGACUUCUGCGCCGGCUAUGUCUCAGGUGCAGUGGGCAUUAUCAUCGGUAAUCCUCUCGACCUUGUGAAGACGCGCCUCCAAGCUGGGUCCAAAUCCGCGGCAGAUGCGAGUACGAGUACUUCGACAGCUGCGGUAGCUGUACCACGGGGCUUCGGAUGGCACUUUGAGAAUGCCGGGACCGUAGGCGCAACAGCACCUAUCCUCGGUUACGGCGCGCUCAAUGCCCUCCUCUUCAUGACCUACAACCGCACGCUCACGCUCCUCUCCGAAUCUCCUGCCGCGCCGGACUCCUUUGCGAAAGUCUUUCUUGCCGGCGCUACGGGAGGGCUUGCCUCCUUCGUCGUCUCUGCACCGACCGAGCUCAUAAAGUGCCGCGCGCAAGUUUCAACCGAGAAGCACGCGACGUCGUGGUCGAUAGCGAAGCAGAUAUGGAUGAGGGAUGGAAUCAGGGGUUUGUAUUACGGGGGCGGAAUCACGAGUAUACGAGAUGCAGUGGGCUACGGAUUCUACUUCUGGUCCUAUGAGUGGAGUAAGCAGGCGUGGACUUCUCCAGACGACACGGGUAGAGAAACAGCCAUGAAGGUGUUGAUGUGUGGAGGUUUUGCUGGCAUCGUGACAUGGGCGACCAUCUUUCCACUGGACGUCGUCAAGACGAGAGUACAGACUCAGUUGCUCCAACCAGCACCUGGGCAGCGAGGCGAGCAGCAGACUUUACUCCAUGCCGAAGGGCGAGGACCACGGAUGGGUGCUAUGCAGAUCGCCAGACGUGCAUACCAAACCGAAGGCGCAGGCGUCUUCUUUCGAGGCCUGGGCAUAUGCAGUGUGCGGGCAUUCAUAGUCAAUGCGGUGCAGUGGGCAGUGUACGAAUGGAUGAUGAGGCUUCUUCAGCAUCCGUAG